AUGAACACGUCUUUUCAGAAAUUAUCUUUGCCAUUCGAUUCCUCCCAUCGGAGAGGAAAGAAACGCGGUCCUCGUCCCAAGAAAUUGACCAAGGACGAGAAACGUCAGAAACGCAUUGAUGCCAAUGAUCGGGAGCGGCAACGAAUGGGCAAAUUGAAUAUUGCCUUUGACAAUCUCCGACAUUUGUUGCCCAAACACGGGAACGACCGGGAAUUGAGCAAAUUCGAGACCAUCCAAAUUGCCAAGAACUACAUUCGAUCUCUUCAUCAGUUGUUAGCUCAAACGGAUCCAAAUUACUCUGGGUCCAUUUGCAGUGACGACGAUUCGUCCUUCGAGUUCUCCUUUUGA